AUGCUCCAUCUUACACUUCAUUCAUACUCUAACCCUCACUCCAUCCCACAUUUCACCCCACACUCCACCACACACUCCAUCUCACACUCCACCCCACACUCCACCACACACUUCAUUCCACACUCCACCCCACACUCCAUCCAACACUCCACCCCACACUCCACCCCACACUCCAUCCUACACUCCACCCCACACCCCACCCACACUCCAUCUCACACUCCAUUCCACACUCCACCCACACUCCACCACAUGCUCCUUCUCACACUCCACCCCACACUCCAACCCACACUCCACCCCACACUCCAUCCCACACUCUAUUCCACACUCCACCCCACACUCCACCACACACUCCAUUCCACACCCCACCCCACACUCCACCCCACACCCCACCCACACUCCACCCACACUCCAUCUCACACUCCAUCCCACACUCCACCCAACACUCUAUCCCACACUCCAUUCUACACUCCACCCCACCCCACACUCCACCACACGCUCCAUCUCACACUCCACCACACAAGUCCAUCCCACACUCCACCCCACACUCCACCACACACUCCAUCUCACACUCCACCACACAAAUCCAUCCCACACUCCACCCCACACUCCACCCCACACUCCAUCUCACACUCCACCACAUACUCCACCACACAUUCCAUCCCACACUACAUCCCACACUCUGACUUACAUUCUAUUUAG